AUGGAGCCGAAUCAGGAGCUGCCCUUUCUCCGGUCCAUCAGCAACGUUCAUAGCUCCUUCGUCAGGUUCGUCAACACCACCAGGAGGAGCGUCGGCGUCUAUUGGAUCGACUAUCAAGGACACGCCGUUCAGUACGGGAUAUUGUCUUACCGCGAUUACCUCGACGUCAAUACCUUCGUUACGCACCCCUGGAUCUUCGUCGACGAGGAGACCCAGGAUAGAUUCAGGGUAAACUGCAGCGACGUCUUCUUCCCGGAGGCCUGGUUCCCGAGGGACGUGGCCAUUCGACCGGACGACCUCCCUCCAAGGGUGGAGAGGACUUGCGUCUACAUCACGCUGCCGAUUUACUCCCUCCGGGAACUUUGCUUGCGAGUCGUCAAGAGGAAACUGCGCUCAGACUGGCACGCCUUCCUUCUCGACAUCCCCAGGAGCUUGCAAUACGAGCUGGCCUCGAUGUUCCCGAAGAAGACCGACCCCGUGGAGUCGUAG